GAUGACGGAACAGCAGCCUCCACUCGCUGAGCUGUGGGCGCUGGAAGCCGUUCUGUGAGUGCGACAGUACUGGCAGGAGAGGAAGCGCAGCGCUUUACGGCACGUGUUACACACGUGUAGGGAAGCCGGUGAGGAGUGGAGUGGAUACUCGGAGAGUCCGCAGCCGCCGCCUCCUCCUGACCCUGAGACAAGAUGGAUGACGAGGGAGAGAUCUUUGUUGCAGAGCCCGCAGUGAGCGGCAGUGACAAUGAGGAGGACAGUGACAACGAGGAGAAGCACCAGCAGCUACUGGAUACCAUCUCCUCACUGGACGGAAAGAAGAGAAGGCGGAAGUUGGCAGAGAGGUCCGAGGCCAGUGUCCAUGUGUCCGAGUUUGGCAUCAGCUCCGAAGGUGCCGGUGAGAAGAUCAAUCUCUCUGACCUCAUCGUACCCAUUAAGAAGACGGCCUCGCUCUCUGCGGUGAAGAAGCAGUUGAACAAGCUGAAAGAGAAGAAAAGCGUGGAGCUGCCUCUCAGCAAGGAGGAGGCACAGAAGAUACAGAGAAUCGUGUCUUACAAGAGCACCUCGGAAGAGGUGGCAAAAUGGGACCACAUCGUAAAGCAGAACCGGAGGGCGGAGCAACUGUUCUUUCCGCUCAACGACGAGGCACUUAAGCCUGCUCCCAUCGGGGAGAUGGUGACGGGGUGGAGUAAAGCCGCCACGCCGCUGGAGAUGGAGAUAUUUAGCAUCCUCCAUAAAAACAAACAGCCGAUAACGGAUCCACUACUGACCCCCGUGGAAGAGGCGUCACUGAAGGCGAUGAGCCUGGAGGAGGCUACACUUCGUCGGGCAGAGCUCCAGAAAGCCAGAGCACUGCAGUCCUACUAUGAGGCCAAAGCCCGGAGGGAAAGGAAGAUCAAAAGCAAGAAGUACCACCGGCUGCUGAAGAAGAGCAAGCAGAAGGAGGCGUUGAAAGCGUUUGAGGAGCUCAGGAAGAGUAAUCCAGAAGCCGCUCUGGAGGAACUGAAUAAACUGGAGAGAGCCAGAAUGGAGGAGCGAAUGUCUCUGAAGCAUCAGAACAGCGGAAAAUGGGCCAAAUCUAAAGCCAUUAUGGCAAAAUAUGACGAGGAGGCUCGCAAAGCCAUGCAGGAGCAGCUGCAGCAGAAUAAGGAGCUGACGAGGAAAAUCGAGGUUCUGUCGGAGAGCGAGGAAAGCGAGAAAGAGGAGGAGAUCAUCCCGGAUUUUGUCAAUGAGGCGCAAAUGACCCUGGAGGGGCCGAAUCCCUGGAUGACGGGGAAACUGCGGAAUGAUGAGAAGGAUUUGGGGGUUAAGGAGGGAGAGGAGGAGUUGCAGAUAGAGGCCGAAGUGGACACCCGGACUGAUGAGCCGGAAGAGGAUCAAGAAUCGGAAGAAGAGACUUUGCUGAAGGAGUUUGAAGACAAAAGACGUCUUCGGAAAGAGGAGGAACAGGAAUCAUUGGAGAAUGAGCAAAGGAACAGCCAUCUUGUUAUUGUGGAGGACCUAGCAGCGAAACAGGCCUCGGAGUUCAGCGGUGUCUUCCAUAGGCUGCUGGAGCAGAACAGGAUAGACAAAGCUGCGGCAGGGAAGAGCGUGGUGAUUGAAGCCGACGAGCCGGAGGAAGGAGACGCGGAAGAGCUGGAAGUAGCCGUAGCAGAAGGCCCGUUAAUGAUCGCCAGCCUGGAACGGAAUCAGAGUUUAGGGGCUGUAGAGGCCCUUGGGGAGCAGGAGUUUAAUGAUGAAGAGAUAACGCAGCCAGAGACCCCUCGCAAGAAGAAACCCAAAAAUAAGGUCUCACAACCAGAGGAUCACAAGCAAGCGAAGAAACCUAAACUCAUCGACCAUAACGAGAUCCUGCCUGUGAAGGCGCGGAGGGUCCAGACGCCGCUGCUUCCCACCACCGUGGAGGAAGAGGAGGAGACGAAUAUUGGCAAUACGGAGGAAGACGGGGAGACAGAGCAAAAGAUGAUUAUUCAGGAAGCGUUUGCAGGUGACGAUGUCAUCAGCGACUUCCUAAAAGAGAAGCGAGCUGCAGAGGCAGCUGGGAAACCGAAGGACAUCAGCCUGGUGCUGCCGGGCUGGGGGGAGUGGGGCGGCACUAACGUUAAAGUCAGCAAGAAGAAACGCCAAAGAUUUAUUAUUAAAGCACCCCCUGCGCCUCUGAGAAAGGAUCAGCGCCUUCCGAAUGUCAUCAUCAGCGAGAAGAGGAACAUCCUGGCUGCAGCCCAUCAGGUCAACGAUCUCCCGUUCCCGUUUAACAGCCGGCAUCAUUUUGAGAGCAGUAUCCGGGCUCCUGUGGGCAACACCUGGAACACAGAGCGGUCUGUCCAGAAGCUGACUGCUCCACGAGUCAUCACCAAACGGGGACAUAUCAUUGAGCCCAUCACAGAGGACGUCUUCCAGAAACACAGCUCGGCCAAGCAACCGGCCAUCAAGGCGGAUAAACCAAAAACUGAAUCACAACCCCGACCCCAAAAAGCAUCAAAUAAACGGAAGGGCAAAGUUGUAACGGACAGAAGAAGGUAACUUGACAACAAUUGCUGACGAAGCCUCAGAACGUGUGCAGGGGGUCUUUUUACCAGAGGGUUUGGAUGUCAAGGAGGACAAUAGUUCCCACGCCCAGCGACCACCCCGGCAGACUAGACCAAUGUAUGAUAAAUCCCGAUGACUUGGUUAGCGAUCUCCUUGAAAUUGGACUCACCAGCUGCUUGCUGAUGUAUUCGGAAUGCAUUGACCUAUAGGGGCCAGCCUUUUAUUUUCCUGCACCUUUUUUAAUCCCAAAAUAAGCAAGGUCUGAAGCCAUAGGAAUGCCCCCAAACAGCCCUUUACCCAUUCCCUGGAUAACCGUCAUUGCCAAGUGGCCACACAUGGAUUUAUUGUAUAUUACGGAGCAGCGUCCGGUCAUUGUACGAUAUAAUGAGAUUGUUUUACGUACCCGCUACAAUAUUAAAGGAAUGAUCAGUAAGGCUUCCGAUGGUGAUACAUUACCUCCUCCUUUCCAUCUGCGCAGGAAAUGUCCUUUCAGUCCAUGUGGGUAUUUAUGCAGAUUUAAUAAAGGGCCAUAACGAGAAAUGA